CACCGGCCCUCAGGCAGCUCCUCCCUUCUCCGCACUCGCGUGCUCUUCGCAUCCGCAUCCGCAGCAGCAGCGCCUCGCACACCCGCCGUCGCGCACCGCUCGUGCACGCACGGCCUCUCCGCAGCCAGGGCGUGCCCCACGCCCGAGCAGAUGUCUGCCGGCUUCGCGGGCGCCCUCGGCACGUACGGCAGCAACGGCGCUGGCUUCGGCGGCGCCGCGAUGAACUCGGGCGCCACCGGCUCGCUCCUCUCCAACGGCAUGCACGCACAGAAUAUGCAGCAGCAGCAACAGCAGGCGCAGGGCUCGGCCGCGGGCGGCGGCAGCCAGACGUCGGGCGCGCCGGCGGGCACGAGCGACAACGGCGCGCCGCCGCAGCCCGAGUACACGCUCGCCGGCAUCCUGCACUUCCUGCAGAGCGAGUGGCGCCGCUACGAGCGCGACCGCAACGAGUGGGAGAUUGAGCGCGCCGAGAUGAGGGCACGCAUUGCGCUGCUCGAGGGCGAGCGGCGCGGCGUCGAGAACCUCAAGACGGACCUGAUGCGACGCGUCAAGAUGCUCGAGUAUGCGCUGCGCCAGGAGAGGAACAAGUACCUCUCUGGUGCGGGUCAGCAGACCGCAGGCGCACCGAGCGCUGGCGCCAUCACUGGCAUUCCGGCGUCCAAGUUUGCGACGCUGCAGGGCCUGGAGCGGGCUACGUCGUCCAGCGGCCGCAGCUCGCCUGCGCGGGCAGAGUCCGAGGGUCCCGAGCCGCGAGGUGCAUCCACCUUCAACGCUGGCUUUGCCUCAUCGACGGUCAUGGGCCCCGGCGCCACGAUGAACGGCUCCAGCUCCCUGUCGCGGCAGCCGACGACCAACUCCAAGGACCCGCGCGCGCGGGCCAAGAGCCGCGACUACCUGAAGCAGUGCCUGCAGGAGAUCUCGUACCUCACCAGCGCGUCGACGCUGAACCCGCUGCCGGACCGGCCCGCCUCUGGCGCCGCUGGCAUGCUGCAGCGUCCGCGCAAGAUCUUGCCUGACAACGUGCCGGCGAGCCAGGCAGCUGCGCCAGAGACCAUAAGCGCAGCUGCUCCGCAGGCGCCGGCGCUGCAGCCGACGGGCAUUCUGCAGCGGCCGAUUGCCAACAUCGGUACUGCGCAGGCCAAGGGCAUGCCGCGGGCCAGCGCCUUGACGGCGACUCGGCCGGCGCAGCAGGGCGCCGAGCUGGGCCGCAAGGCGGGCGAGAGCCCGCUGCACGAGUCAGAGACCAUUGAGGACGAGCAGGCGGCGCCGCAGAGCGCAGCUGGCAGCGACCCGCUGGGCGCCUCGCCCGCUCUCAGCGAAGAUGCCGCCUCGCAGCCCGGCGAUGAGGUCACGCCGUACCUGACGGACGACCAGCCCAGCGCGCCUCCGCCGGCGCCCUCUGUCGGCGUGGCGGCUCUGCCAUCGGACGACGCGCCGCACGACGAGGAGCAGGACCAGGUUACUGCCGUCUACCGGGGCCCUGGCGCGCCCGGCAACACGUCCAGCGGCAGCGCGUCCGACUGGGCGAAGCUCAAGGAGGUCGGCCAGCGGGAACGCGAGAAGCGCGAAGCCCGGCGGGCACGCGAGGACGGCGACGAUGCCAGCGCUCCGGACGCUGCCGCUCUGGCCCUGACGUCGGAGCGCGUCACGCAGCUGAUGAAGGCUAGCGGCAAGCCGCGCUCGGACGAAGAUGAGCUCGCCAGCCUCAGCAUGGAGCCGGAGGAGGACGCCGCGGCCUCGUCGCGCGCAGUUGAGGACAACUCGAGCCAAAUGUGGAAGGCCAAGCGUGUCCUGCGCAACCACCUCGACGCCGUGCGCGCUAUCGCCUUUGAUGGGCCCGACGCCAUCUCCGCCUCGGACGACAACACGAUCAAGUUCUGGCGGCUCGACCCCGCGACGCUGGAGCAGCCAGCCGGGCGCUCUGGCGCCGACACGGAGCCGAUCCUCACAUAUCGCGGGCACUCUGAGCCCGUGACGUGCGUGGCCGUCUCGUCGGCGAAGCGCCGCAUGUACAGCGGCAGCAUGGACGCCAGCGUGCGCGUGUGGCGCCUGCCUGAGCGCACCACGGGCCCGUACCCGCCGUUUGAGGACAUGGAGAUUGCCACGCUCGCCGGGCACACGCAGGCGGUGUGGGACAUGGCGCUGCUGCCGCUCAGCGACGACACGCACGUGCUCGCCACCGUCUCGGCGGACGGCUCGGUCAAGAUUUGGAACACGGACACGCCGGGCCUGCGCCUCAGCUGGGACUACUACGGCACCGAGGGCUCGGCCGACGCUGACGCCGCGCGCGCCGCUGGCCCGCUGCCUGUGCCGACGUCGGUCAGCAUCUGUCACUCGAACCUGCGCGCGUGCGCCGUGUCGUACUCGGACUCGGUGGUGAAGCUCUUCGAGAUUGAGACGGGCCGCGAGCUGCUCGUGCUGAAGAGCACCGAGACGUACGACGGCACACCGUCGACGCAGAUCAACAAGUGCGUCAGCCACCCGACGCUGCCGCUGCUUGUCACGGCGCACGAGGACAAGUACAUCCGGAUGUUCGACCUCGAGUCGGGCGAUUGUGUGCUGUCCAUGCAGGCGCACCUCGACGCCGUCACGGCGCUCGACAUCGAUCCGGCCGGCCUGACGCUCGUGUCGGGCGGGCACGACUGCAGCGUGCGCUUCUGGGACAUCAUCGGCAUCACGGGCGUCAGCAGCGGCGAGACGAAGGCCAGCGCUGGCGAGGGCGGCGAGGCGGGCGAGACACGGCAGAACGUGGGCGCCGUGUGCGUGCAGGAGAUCAGCUCGCACCGCAAGAAGUCGGGCGAGGGCGUGCUGGCCGUGCUCUACCAUCCCUCGGCGCCGUACUUUGCCAGUGCGGGCGCCGACGGCAUCGUGCGGCUCUACGGCUAGGCGUGAUGCGACUGCGCCCUCCGCCUCUGCUUCAUCAACCGCUUCGCACCGCCCUUUCGACGAGCACUCCGCCUAUACCUCGCCACAGCACCGCCUACGACCUCUUUCAUCUCGGCCCGCGUCCCCUCUAGUCCCGGCUUCGCUUCUUCCACGCCCCUUCCUCGCGCCAUCCUGUCCAUCUCCCGGACGACUCGGAGGUCCGCCGCGACGACCAGCAGGCCAGCCCGCACUGGCCGCUGUCGUCCGUGUCGCUGCCUCGCUCUUCCCUUGCCCCUACGUCCCUUGCCCCUCCCUCCCUCGAAAACGAUGCACGCACGCCGUGGCUCAUGCACGAAACCCCACCCCUACCCUCCUCCCGACGCGGUCCUUCUCGGCCGCCAGCACGAAACGAAGCCAAAUAGAACAACGAGACUUUGACUGG